UCCUGCCGAAAUGGAUGGGAGAAAAAAAUAGUCCUUACAAAAAAGUUGGUAAAAGCAUACACGUCAGACAUAUGAAUUUAUUAACAUACGAAAUGGGUGAAAUUAAAGCUAAGAAGGUGACUCAACGAUGGCUGACCGGUAACUACACUACAUUAAUUGCCGAAUUUCAAUUUAAACGACGGUUGACCGGUAACCUGAUGAAUAUCUACAUCCCUAGUACAUUAGUGGUCAUGCUGUCAUGGCUCUCAUUUUGGAUCGAUGUUCACGCAACACCCGCACGCAUUACUUUGGGUGUGACUUCAAUCCUGACUUUAGUCACUCAUUUGGUCCAGUCCAGAAGCUUCGUGCCUCCUGUCGACUAUUUGAAGGCUCUGGAUAUUUGGUUUAUAUUCUGCAUCGUUCUGAUAUUUUUAUCUUUACUGGAAUAUGCUCUAGCUUACCAAUACGCCAUCAAAAUGAAAGAGGUACUGUACGUUCAAAUCAUUUUAUUAUCUGAAAUAAAUGAUAAAAAAAGAAACUCAGGUUUAUUCGUUAGCUUCCCAUCCAAAGAAAAAGAAAUCGGGAAUGAUUCGGAGAUGGUUGUGGCACAUAAAGGAUAUAAAGAACACUCUGAUUGA